AUGAAGAUUCAGCUCAAGUCACUUAGAGCAGCCAACAUGAAGAACAUCACUAUGCUCCGGGCCGUCUUCAUAGCGGUCUAUAUUAUAACGAUACAUGGAUACGUCAACGGCGAGGAUGCAGUGUCACCCCAACGAAAUCUCAAUGGAACUGUUGAAGUACCGGACCCUCGUUCAGCCAUCGGUCGCGUGCCUCCUUACCAGCCGCCUGCCAUCGGUCUGCCGGGCCCCAUGCAAGUCCCCGGCUUCCGACCCCACAACCCUCACACUCGAAUAGACGGCUGGCAUCCGAAUGGCCGCAUUAGUUCAAAAGGAUCGUACGUGAUCGCUGAUGAUCUCGAAGAUGACGAUGACGGUGGAUGUCACAUAUCAUGUUCCAAAGAAUUUUUUUCGUGUCAGACAUCAUGCAAGUGCAUACCGAUGGAGAAGCGUUGUGAUGGCAAAGUUGACUGUGUUGACGCUGAGGAUGAGGCUGGCUGCACUCCAUCCUGCGAUGAACACGACAACCGAACGAUAUGCCUCAACACCAGGGUCUGCAUCGCCAUCGAGUGGAUCUGUGAUGGUGACAACGAUUGCGACGAUUUCUCCGAUGAAACUCAUUGUGGAGGUGCAGUGAAUUGUACUUCAGAACAGUUUCAAUGUGGCAACGGACUGUGCAUUGAUAAGGACUGGGUCUGCGAUGGCGCUGAUGACUGUCGAGACAACACUGACGAGAUUCAUUGCCCAAAAGGAAAAUGCCGAGACAACCAGUUCACCUGCUUGACGGGAGAGUGUCUGGCUCUUCACUGGCGCUGUGAUAAGGAAGCCGACUGUCCCGACAAUUCAGACGAAUCCGAAUGUCCCGUGGAACUGUUACAAUGCGGUGAGAAUGAGAUCCAGUGUAACAACAAGAAGUGUGUCAGAAAAGAUUUCCAAUGUGACGGCGAUAAUGACUGCGGUGAUUGGACUGAUGAAGACUCCUGCCCUGUACUACCGGGAAGUUGUAGUUCGUCUGAAUACAAAUGCAAAGAUGGUAAGUGCAUCCCGGAGCGUUGGAAGUGCGAUGCGGAGCGUGACUGUGAAGACGGUGAUGAUGAAGUUAGCUGUGAACCACACGGAGUCAGGAACUGCACCGUAGAUGAGUACACCUGCAUUGACAGGCGAUGUAUAUCGAAAACUUGGCUCUGCGACGGACUUAGGGAUUGCAGCAAUGGAGAAGAUGAAUUAAACUGUGAAGUAUUCUGUGAGAAGGAUCAAUAUAUGUGUAAAUCGAUUAAAAGCGAUGCAUUCAGAAACUGCGUGAACAGGAAACAUGUGUGUGAUGGUAUGAAGGACUGUCCUCAAGGUGAUGAUGAAGAGAAAUGUCCUACUAAAAGAAAGUGCAGGCCAGAUGACAAAUGUGAAGGGCACUGCAUUACGACAUUCGAUGGUUUAUCAGCUUGCGCGUGUCCCAUUGGUUAUUUAUUGGAUAGUAACGGUUAUAGCUGCCAGGAUAUAGAUGAGUGCAUGUAUGAACAGGACCCAGUUUGCUCACAAACCUGUUCAAAUACUCUCGGCAGUUACAUGUGUGGAUGCAUGACUGGUUAUGUAUUGAGACCCGAUGCUCGUUCUUGUAAGGCUACUGGAGAGUCACCUACCUUAUUGUUUUCUAAUGGUGUGGGAAUACGACAGGUGUGGCUAACUGGAGAAAACUACAUGUCAAUUUUAAAAGGCUUACACAAAGCUAUGGCUUUAGACUAUCAUUACAAGAAGAACCUUGUGUUUUGGACUGAAAAUAACAUGAGAGUUAUAAGGGUUGCGCCGUUGGAUAGUAAUAAUAUGACGGAUGUGGUUAGAUGGGGUAUAGAAACACCAGGUGGUUUAGCCGUGGACUGGAUCCAUGAUCUUCUCUUCUGGACUGAUUCUGGCACAAGGCGAGUGGAGGUGGCCACACUAGAUGGCUCCCAGAGAGCAGUUCUGGCCGCUAGUGACGUUGACAAGCCACGAGCUAUUGCUGUUCAUCCCGGAGAUGCUCUUGUCUUUUGGACUGAUUGGGGACCUAAUCCAAAAAUAGAACGUGCAAAUAUGGAUGGUGAUAAUCGCAAGAGCAUUAUAGUCCAUAACAUAUUUUGGCCCAACGGCUUGACGAUUGAUUAUACUGAAUCCACAAUUUAUUGGGCCGAUGCUAAGCAUCACGUUAUUGAGAAAGCAUCUUUCAAUGGUUUGGAUAGAAAGCGCAUAAUAAACAAAGGCUUACCCCAUCCAUUUGCGUUAACAUUGUUUGAAGACGCCAUAUACUGGACUGAUUGGCACACGAAAAGCAUUUCAACUGUCAAUAAGAAAACUGGCAUGGGCAUGCAGACUGUUCAUGCUAGUUUAUAUGUCCCCAUGGAUAUACAGAGCUUCCACCCACUACGUCAGCGUUCGUAUAAAAAUCGUUGCGUCAACAAUGGCGGUUGUUCUCAUAUGUGUCUCCCAGCUUCGUCUGAACGAACUUGUCGCUGCCCUGUAGGAUUCAAUCUUAAUUCGGACGGGCGAACCUGUGAAGAAACUCCAGAGAAGUUACUUCUCUAUGCUCAUCGGAAGGAUAUACGACUUAAGCAAUUAAAUCCAAGAAAGCACAUGGACUCUUUGGAUAUGGUGAUACCAGUUGAGAAUAUUAAGUCUGCUGUCGCUUUAGACUGGGAUCACAACAGCAAUUCUAUAUUUUGGACUGAUGUUGAAAAGGACACGAUUAAUAAAGCCUUCUUGAAUGGUUCUCAUCAAACUAUUAUUGUUGGCUCCAACUUAAUAUCCCCGGCCGGACUUGCUUAUGAUUGGCUAACAAAUAAAUUAUAUUGGACCGAUGCCGGCACUAACAGGAUAGAAGUAGCAAAUGCAAAUGGUAGCAUGCGGACCCUGUUGGCUUGGGAAAAUAUUGACAAACCUAGAGAUAUCGUUCUUGAUCCUAUCGGUGGUAUAAUGUAUUGGUCUGAUUGGGGCUCUUCACCUUGCAUCGAGCGCGCAGACAUGGAUGGCGGCAAUAGGCAACGUCUUAUCUUUGGUGACAUGACUUGGCCUAAUGGGCUUGCGCUUGAUUUACCGAACAAACGCAUAUAUUGGACAGAUGGUGGUAAUCGUACUAUUGAAUACGCUAAUUUAGAUGGCACUGGUCGCACUGUUUUAAUAGGUCAAGAUCUAACACAUCCUUUUGGGCUUGAUUUGUACGGUGAUGAGGUAUUUUGGACCGACUGGAACACCCAGUCCAUUCAAGCUGCGAAUAAGUACACUGGAAAACAAAGGAGAACAUUAGGAGCCGGUGUUGAAGGGCUUAUGGAUGUGAGAGUAUUUCAUAAGGAAAGGAUGAGCAGUAGAAAUCCCUGCAGUAAUAAUAACGGAGGCUGUUCACACUUAUGUUUAUUGAAACCAAUGGGGCGGAGUUGCGCUUGUCCGAUCGGCAUUAAAUUGAGCAAUGAUGGCAGAAUUUGUACGAAUGGACCAAUCAACUUCUUAAUCUUUGCUCAUCGCGUAGAUAUACGUAUAGUGUCUUUAGAUGUACCUUAUCUCGUUGAUGUUGUUCUACCGUUACCAGCUUUAAAGAACGCUCUUGGAGUUGACGUUGACCAGAGAACUGGUCUGAUAUAUUGGACUGACACCGGGGAACGCAAAAUAAAACGUGCUAACAAAGAAGGUCAACAAAAUGAAACUAUCAUUGGACGGGGUCUUCAUACCGCUGAUGGAAUAGCUAUUGAUUCCGCUGGUCGAAAGAUUUAUUGGACUGACGGCGGAAGAAAUAGUAUUGAAGUUGCAGAACUCAACGGCACAAAUAGAAAAGUGCUUGUGUGGACAGGACUAGAUUCUCCGCGAGCUAUAGCAUUGCACUACGAUUACGGCUUUAUGUUUUGGUCUGAUUGGGGAACCUCAGCAAAAAUCGAAAGAGCUGACAUGGACGGCAAAAACAGACGAAUUAUCGUUGAUAACAACAUCAAGUGGCCGAACGGAUUAGCGAUUGACAGAAUCGAGAGUCGUCUAUACUGGAAUGACGCUAAGGUUUUGACAAUAGAGAGCUCAGAUUUCAAUGGACACGAUCGUCGCACUCUUCUGACACAGGUACCUUACCCGUAUGGUAUCGUGAUCGUUGGACAACACAUUUAUUGGACAGAUUGGAAGACAAAAGCAUUGCAUAGAGCAGACAAGUCGAAUGGCAGAGAACAAUUGAAGAUAAGAGAAAAUCUUGAAGGACUCAUGGACAUAAGAGCUAUACAGGGCGAUCAUAUUCUAGAAAACGCUUGCGGAAAAAAUAAUGGUGGUUGUUCUCACCUCUGCUUACGAUCACCCCAAGGUUACACUUGUGCAUGUCCCACGGGAUUAUUGUUCAAGAAUGAGUCUGAAAUUAAUCCUAAAAUAUGUAAGAAACAUCCCGAUAACUUCCUCGUAUUCGCCGCCAGAGGGAGUAUCGCAUUGAUCUCAUUAGACACUCCUGAGCAAUGGGAUAUUACAUUGCCUGUCAAGGAUAUACAAAACUCAGUUGCCGUGGAUUAUCAUUGGGAAAGAAAAUUGAUAUUCUUCACUGAUGUCUAUAAUAAUGAGAUACGAUCAAUAGAUAUGGAAAAUAUGAGCGAUUCUAGAGUCAUCGUUAACACUGGUCUUGACACACCUAACGGAUUGGGAGUGGACUGGAUCGCGAAUAACAUCUACUGGACUGAUAAUGACUUCAAGGUCGUGGAAGUAGCAAGGCUUGAUGGUUCAUCAAGAAAAACUCUUAUAACUGGCCUUACUGAACCUAGGGCUUUGGCUUUAUUCCCUGCUAAGGGCUACCUAUACUGGAGUGACUGGGGUGAGAGUCCUAACAUCGAGAGAGCUGCUUUGGAUGGUAGUCAAAGAAGAAUUAUAGUUAAUCAUGACUUAGGGUUUCCCAACGGCAUAACGAUUGAUUAUAAAGACAGGCGACUUUAUUGGACAGAUGCUUUAAAGGAUAGAAUUGACACGUCUGAUUUAAACGGACAGCAUAGGGUUCAACUUAUACCUGAAGCUAAGAAUCCAUUUGGAAUGACUCAGUUCAAUAACUAUAUUUAUUGGACCGAUUGGUAUAAAAAAUCGGUAAUGAGAGCAGAUAAGAGAACCGGUAAAAACGUGACGGCAAUACGAACAGAUUUAGAGAUGGUCAUGGAAAUUAAAGCUGUGUCUUCUGAGAAACAACAUGGAUGGAACCCAUGCAAGGAAGAUAACGGAGGCUGCUCGCAUUUGUGUUUGUUCAGAGGACAUGAUUACGUAUGCGCUUGUCCAGAUGCUUUUGAUGAUAAAGUUUGCUCAACUACUCCAAAACUCCGAGUUGAUUUACGUAUGCCAGCACACUACCCUUCAUUCUACGACUACAUGGAUAUUGAGAUCGGUAACAAAAUUGCAAUGCAUCCAACAACAGCGCCAUCUACUAAUAUCGGAAGUAUUAUAAUCGGAGUGGCGGUCGCAGUUUUUAUAAUUCUUGCAAUAUUAAUAACGGCUUUUGUAUGCUUUAAAAUGAGACGUAAUCGUGAUGGUGAGAUAAAGGAAAACUACCGCGAGUCAAGCGGACACAUAUCUUUCCAUAAUCCCAACUACAGCUGUGCCACGAUGGUAGGAGAACCCAUGGAGAGAAGGCAGAAUAGAUUCCAGGGCAUAUUCAAAUACGAUAAAAGUCAGGGGCGUGUAACUAACGUGUAUAUGCCGGAGGGUACGAGCCUCCUACCGCCAGCUCCUCCUCCGCCCCCCCACCGAGUCCCCCCACGAUCAGCAAACGAUGACUUCGAACCUGUCACUCUACACCCAUUCGCUUGA